AUGAUGCCUCUAAUGACAAUAACAACGGCAUCAACCCCAAGCAUGGUCAGUUCCAACAAAAUAUUCCAACGACUCACUCCGAGGACGAGGCUAUCAGCUGUGGAAAUGAUGGCAGAGGAGGAAGCUUUGCUGGGGGAAGGAAUGGAGUCUAUGGAAAACAAUGGAAUAAUAAAGAAUCAGAAUUUCAAGUUUAUUUUCUUUUCAGAACAACAACACAGAAUUAGAACAAAAUCACCAUUGAGUGGUUCUAAUAGAAAUUACGGAAGUCUUGAACGCAGGCAGCAAUGUUCAACAUCCGAGACUGUAGACUACGUUACUUCCCCACCAAACCACUCUUCCUAUGAUAUUGACUUCAAAGGACAGUCAAACAACACUUCAGAACAUUUUGGCGUCAAAAAGACAAAAAUAAAAAAUUACGACAAAAUUUACGACAAAAUUUAUGGAAAAAUAUAUAAUAAAUUUUACGACAAAUCUGACGACAAAAAUGAUGAAAAUACACAAAAUGACAACAAAAAAGAAGAAAAUUUGACUAAUAUCCCAGCAGCUCUAAUUGUAGGCCGUCGAGAGAUAUCAACACAAACUGAAGCUGUUAGGCGUAGACUUCAACAGAGAAGACAGAGUCGUUAUAAAAGAUUAACGGGAAGUGAUGAAUCUAAAGAGGCUGGAAGAAGUAGAAGUGUAGAUGAGAAGAAUGAAGAGGGUGGGAAGGAAGAGGGGAGAAAAACGGAAGGAAAGGAAGAAGAGGUGAAAAGAAGGAAGAAUUUUGAAGAAGAGGAUGAAGAGAUGGAAAAGGAUGAAGAGGUGGAGGAUGAAGAAGAGAAGGAAAAGAGGGAAGAAGAUAGAAGGAAGAAAAUGAGGGAGAGGAUGAAGGAAGCGGAGGGGGAAGAGGAAAUAAAGAAGAGAUUGGAAGAGGGAAGGAUGAAGGAUUUGAACAAGGGUAAAACGAAGGAAGAGAGGAGGAUGAACAAGCCUUUUGCCUUGAAAAUUGAAAAUGGGGAUGAAGAAGAAGAGGAAGAAAGUGAUAAAGAAGAAAAUGGAAGGAAAGAAGAAAGAGAAGGAAGAGAAGGUGAACAAAGUGAAGAUCUACCAUACUCAGAAGAAGAGUUGUCUGUUGAUUUUAGAAGGGGUUUGGGCGAUUCAGAAGAGGAGGAAGAAGAAGAAUAUGAAAAAGAAUCAUCUUCAGAUGAUAGAAUAGAAUGUAGAAAUAACAAAGAUAAUCUUGAGAGAAGAGAAAAAAUUACGAAUGAUCAGAUGAUUGUGAGGUGUUAACCUUUUGUUUAUAUCUACAGUGGAAGACUUUUGACUAGUAUUUCAUUUGCCAGAUUUUCUAGAAUUAUCCGAAACGAAAAAACCUCGAACUGACAACCAUAGUCAGGAUUGCUGAAGUUAGGUACAGAACAGGGUUGCCGCCCGAAACCGAUAACCGAAACCCGGCAUUUUUUGUACC